AUGGCUUCCAUCCACAGCAACGCGAGCUGGAGUCUGGAUUUCGAAGGCCCAGCCCUCCAGUGCUCUGCUUUGGGUGCAGAUGACGAGCUACGCAUCAACGUUACCGAAUCAGCAGCCGAACUUUGUUGGGGUUCUGGUUAUUGCUACCAGUACAUGUACUGGAUGCCGGGAUCAACCAUAGAUCUUUCACCCUUCCAGCCGGAUAUGAACGGAUCCACCAGGGACGAUAUUCAUGGGCCUCGGGAUGCCCCGAUCUCUUUAUACGUUGCCGUAAAGAACGGGCAGUUUACUUACCCCGACUUUGUUUUCGAUUCGUUCACGAGAUGCAUCUUGUACAGCGCCUCGUACCAUAGCGAGUUCAAUUAUCGAUCCGGAGUCCAGGACAUUAAGACCGUAACGACAUUGAACAAGCCAAACGACCCUUGGUUCCCGACCAUAGCUUCCAUGUCGAGUUUUGAAGACAUAACGAGGUUCAGAAACGGCGUUGGCGUCCCCUUCCAAGCGGUCACGAAUGCGUUCUCCUCCAUGCUGGUUGGAAGCGUACAUAUUUAUCGUGGUGCUCAGGGAGCCCCGCAAGUCAUUCAGACACAGGUGGGCAUGACAACUCUGGCAAAAGAUUUGGGGUUCUUUGAAAACCAGACCAGCAAUCAACCAGAAGGCGGUCACGAAAUUCCCACGUUCCUGGAGGAAAUGUUUCGCAACAUCACCUUGAGUCUAAUGUCGCAAGCCGAACUGAAUCCAGCCGAGCCGAUCCAAGCCGACAUCGAGACGCACGCGUACCAGAAUAUCUACAUUUACUCGGCCACUGCCCUGUGGAUAGCCUACGGGGUCGCCAUGGGAAUCACUUUCUUGUCCAUUACGAUCGGGACGUGGGCUGUAGCCGCCGCAGGCUCUUCGUAUAGUAGCAAGUUCUCGACGAUCCUGCGCCUUGCCUUCAACGUCCACCUGUCCGAGUAUCUCGAGCUUCGGGACACUGGCGGGGAAGACCCGCUACCGGAUCGGCUGGAAAACACAAUUGUUGUCUUUCCCUCGCGGAAUGUAAAGGGCGGGGAAGGGAGAGGCUCACUGUUGGGUAAUAAUGAAGAGGGGCCAUCAGAGCUUUAG